AUGAGAAUCGACCUCACUACAGACGUUAUGCCAUACGAAAAUCGCUCGUUGUUAAUUAUAAAGAAGGGGUACUUUAUAAACUUUCUUUCUUUCGCUCCAUCACUCUCUCCCUAUCCCCAUCUCUCCAUCUUUCUCCAUCACUCUCUCUCCAUCACCCUCCAUCACUCUCUCUCUACAUCACUCUCUCUAUCUACAUCACUCGCUCUCUCCAUCACUCUCCCUGUCUCUCCAUCAAUCUUUUUUCUAUCCAUUAAUCGCUCUCUCUCCAUCACUCACUCUCUCCAUCACUCUCCGUCUCUCUCUCUCUCCAUCAUUCUCCCUGUCUGUCCAUCAAUCUCUUUCUCUCCAUUACUCUCUCUAUAUAUCUCUCUCCCUCCUUCUCUAUCACUCUCUCUACAUCACUCUCUCUCCCCAUCACUCUGUCUCUCUCUUUCUCUCCAUCAUUCUCCCUCUCUCUCUCCAUCACUCUCUCUGUCUCUCUAUCAAUCUUUUUCUCUCCAUUACUCGCUCUCUCUCUCUCUCCAUCACUCUCUGUCUCUCCAUCACUCUCUGUCUCUCUCCAUCACUCUCCGUCUCUCUCUCUCCAUCAUUCUCCCUGUCUCUCCAUCAAUCUCUUUCUCUCUAUUACUAUCUCUCUAUCUCUCUCCCUCUUUCUCCAUCACUCUCUCUCCAUCACCCUCCAUCGUUCUCACUCUACAUCACUCUCUCUCUCCAUCACUCUCUCUCUCAUCAAUCUUUUUCUCUCCAUUACUCGCUCUCUCUCACCAUCACUCUCUCUCUCCAUCACUUUCUGUCUCUCUCUUUCUCUCCAUUACUCUCCCUCUCUCCUUCACUCUCCCUCCCUCUCCAUCACUUUCCCUGUCUCUCCACUACUCGCUCUCUCUCUUUGCAUCACUCUCUCUCUCCAUCACUCUCUCCCUCUCUCUCUCUCCAUCACUCUCCCUGUCUGUCAUCAAUCUUUUUCUCUCCAUUACUCGCUCUCUCUCACCAUAA